CCUAGCGGUCCCUGCGCGCCCUGCCCGCCAUGUCCCGCCGCCGCGCGCUGCUCGCCGGGGCCCUCCUCGCUCUCCUCGCCCUCGGAGGAGCGGCUCAGAAGACAGAAGCCCCGGCCUGCUGCGGCCCCAUCGUGCCCCGGAGCGAGUGGAGGGCCCAGGAGUCCAACUGCGACCAGCGCCUGAGCCUGCCAGUGCUCUACGUGGUGGUGUCGCACACGGCGGGCAGCACCUGUGACUCCCCGGCCUCGUGCCUGCAGCAGGUCCGGAACGUGCAGCACUACCACACACAGACGCUGCAAUGGUGUGACGUGGCCUACAACUUCCUGAUCGGAGAAGAUGGGCUCGUGUAUGAGGGCCGGGGCUGGCACACCAAGGGCAACCACGCGGGUACCAACUGGAACGCCAUGUCCAUUGGCAUCUCCUUCAUGGGCAACUACAUGGAGCGGGUGCCCCCACCCCGGGCCCUCCGGGCAGCCAAGAAUCUGCUGGCCUGCGGUGUGGCUCAGGGAGUCCUGAGACCCGACUAUCAGGUCAAAGGACACCGGGAUGUGCAGAAGACGCUGUCCCCAGGAGACCAGCUCUACAGAAUCAUCCAGCAGUGGCCACAGUACGAGUGAGGACCUGCUCGUCGGCGCCCCGUGCCUCUCCACCCCUGGCCAGAAGCCCCACCGCCUCCCCCUCCAAUAAAGGCGCAGCUCAAGCUGUGUUCCUGAGCACACCUCCUCUCUCUCCCCCUCCCCCAAGACCGCAGCCAUCCCAUCUCCCCCCCACACUCUCCUCACUGGUGCUCAGAACCCAGAGGCCCCGACCCUGAACCAAGACCCCGGAGAUCCCAGCUCGAAAGCAACAUCACAGCUCAGAACCCAGAGGUCUCAGGUCAGAGCCCAGGAAUCAGCACCGAGUCGGCCUGGAUAUCACCGACAGCAGCUGGGGGUCCUCCCAGGCAGGGAACCGUGCUGCAAGACACCCUUUUCCCCCGACACAGCCAAAGACAUCUAUGCAGAAUCUCUGCUUGGACUCCUUUGGGGACAGGCUGCUCACUACCACCCCUCGGGUCCCCCCUUGCAGUGCUUUACAGAGUGUGGGAGUUUUUCCCAAUAUGGCUCCUAGUCACAGACGUGCCCAGAAGU